AUGCUAGACGGCCUCGCUGACUCAAUCAGGAUUGUGAUCGUUGGCCUGAAUAAUGCUGGCAAGACCACGAUCCUGUACAAUCUACAUCUUGGCCAGGUGGUCCUGACACAACCAACGAUCGGAAGCAACGUGGAAGAGGUGAAGCAUGAGAACUUGACUUUCCAGGUCUGGGAUCUUGGCGGGCAGGAGAGCCUGAGAUCCAACUGGUCCACGUACUUUGAGGAAGCUGAUGCAAUCAUCUUCGUGGUGGAUAGCAACGACCAGGACAACAUGGUCUUGGCAAAGAUGGAACUGUUCAAUGUGGUUCUGCAUGAGGACCUGAAGCAUGCUUGCCUUCUCGUUCUUGCCAACAAGCAGGACAUUCAGGGCAGCCGCAAUUCUGGAGAGAUUGCUCAAGAUCUGUCGCUACACAAGAUCCUCACGCACGAGUGGCAGAUUCAGAGCUGCUGUGCUUUGACGGGAGAAGGACUCCGCGAGGGCAUGACCUGGAUUGCGGGCCGAAUCCGGGCACGCCGGGGCGGAGAGGUUUCUUUACCACGGACGCAGCAAGCGGUGAGCUAG